UCCCUAUCUUUCUCCUCAUCAUAUGUGUCAUGAUGCAUUGCACACCCACACACACUAGCUACACUAGCUAACCCUUGCUAUGCUUGCACAAACACCUAAAGACACACCUUUCAACUUUCACCUUUUUACCACUUCAAAUAUUUUAUUCUCACACAUACACACACAAACAAUCUCUCUCCAUCGAUCUCACUCUCACUAGCAAAGCUCUAUAUUUAUCCUGCCUUGAUGGUUUUGUUGUUGCCACUAGCUAGCAAAGCUUAUUUAUGCUUGGGGGUAAUGACCCAUACCUAAGAACAAAAGUUGCCCUUUUGUCUCCAAAGGGAACUAGUCAAGCAGAAGAGGAGAUCGAUCAGCAACUAGCAUAGUUUGAUCCCAAGAGAGAUCGAUCGAUUAAUUAGCAACAAGCCAACGACAAGCUUAGCAAUUUGAUAACAAUGGCGACUAGUGAAGCCGCAGCCAUCUCCAACCCUUUCGCUCCUCUCACCAACCAUCAGCAAGAACACCCUCCUCCUCCUCCUCCUCCCGCCAAGAAGAAGCGCAAUCUCCCCGGCACACCAGAUCCGGAGGCGGAGGUGAUCGCGCUGUCGCCGAGGACGCUGAUGGCGACGAACAGGUUCGUGUGCGAGAUAUGCGGGAAGGGGUUCCAGCGAGACCAGAACCUGCAGCUGCACCGGCGAGGGCACAACCUGCCGUGGAAGCUGCGGCAGCGGAGCGGGAAGGAGCCGAGGAAGCGGGUGUACGUGUGCCCGGAGAAGAGCUGCGUCCACCACAACCCGUCGCGCGCGCUCGGCGACCUCACCGGGAUCAAGAAGCACUUCUGCCGCAAGCACGGCGAGAAGAAGUGGAAGUGCGACAAGUGCUCCAAGCGCUAUGCCGUCCAGUCCGACUGGAAGGCCCACUCCAAGACCUGCGGCACCCGCGAGUAUCGCUGCGACUGCGGCACCCUCUUCUCCAGGAGGGACAGCUUCAUCACGCACCGCGCGUUCUGCGACGCGCUGGCGGAGGAGACGGCGAGGCUGAACGCGGCGUCCGGGGCCGCCGCGGCGGCGGCGGCGGCCACGGCCACGUCGCUGUGCGGGCAGAGCUACCUGUUCGCCGGGUCGGGUGGGCCGGGGAUGGCGGGCAUGCGGCCAAACAUGAUGAUGCCGCCGGCGGCGGCGGCGGCUGGAGGGCAGCUCAGGGCGGGUCAGAUGCUCGGUCCGGCGGCGGGGGGCGUCGGUGGGGACCUGUGCGACGGCGGCGUGGCGCGGCACGGCGGGCUGUCGCUGUGGGGUGGCGAGGCGUUGCCGUCCAUGGGCCACAUUGGCGUCCUGGCCAGCGGUGGCGCGGCGACAGUGCCGCCGCAGCUGUACGUGGAUCUCUUCGCGCCGAGCUCCGGCGCGCCGCCGCCGCAGUUCGACGCGGCGCAGCUGAGCUGGCUGUACGGGAACGGCAAGCUCUCGUCGUCGAAUGCCAGCGAGCUGACGAGCGCCACGGCGGCGGCGAAGGAGGCGGAGAGCGUGCCGUCCGUGUUCAGCAACCAGCAGCACGCGAAGCCCGCGGCGCCCACCGACAUGUCCGCGACGGCUCUGCUGCAGAAGGCCGCGCAGAUCGGCGCCGUGACAUCCACCGCCGCGAUGCCCCUAGUGUCCCCGUUCGAGCCGACCAAGCCCGGCGGCGCCACCGCCUCACCGGCCGACGAGUGCGGCAAGUUCGACGGUGCAGCCCUAUUCGCCGCCGCGAGCCAUCACAAUGCCAACCUCGGCGGCGCAAUGAGCGAGCUCACGGGGGCCGCCGGCAACGUGCCUUACGACGUCUUGUCGGCGGUGCGCCACCAUGCCGGCCUGAAGGACGCCGGCGGCGUCGGGAGAGAGGAAACUAGGGAUUUCUUGGGCGUUGGCGUGCAAGCACUGUGCUCGUCGUCGAUACAUGGGUGGAUUUAAACCUUAAUUUGCAUGCUAAUUCUGUAGCCAUGAAGAGAUUAGUUAGUGCUAAUUUUGAAGCUAUGUAAGCAAGUAAGCUACAGUGGAGUGAAGCAUGCAUGCAAGCUCACAAAAGGGCUCAAGAAGAGCACCCAAUUUAAUUUACUAAAAUUUCAUUUCUUGUUUUCACAAA